ACUAUGACGUCAGGUUAUAUUGUAUGUUACAUUUAUGUACACUAACCUGUCAUGUCGUGACUUUAUUAUAGUUUUGUUAUCGCGAGACUGACAGUACUAUAAGCAGCGAAAGAAUGGACACACUCGACAGUGUUUUUGGUUUAGACUGGAUCGAUGGCACCAGUGUUUUCAUAUUUCUGUGUGUUUUUCUGCUGUUCGCCGAUGUUUGGAGGAACAGAGUUCCGAAGAACUUCCCACCUGGUCCGUGGGCUCUGCCUGUGAUCGGAGACCUUCACCGAAUAGACCCCGCCAGGAUUCACCUGCAGUUCACUGAGUUUGCAGAGAAAUACGGAAAUGUGUUCACCCUGCGACUCUUUGGUGGAAGGAUUGUCGUCACUAACGGCUACAAGCUGGUGAGAGAAGCUCUGGUUGAAAAAGGAGAGGACUUUGUUGAUCGUCCGAUCAUACCACUGUUUGAAAAAAUAUUUCAGAGUAAAGGCCUUGUAGCAUCAAAUGGACACCUGUGGCAGCACCAGAGGAGGUUUGCUCUUCACACUCUCAGGAACUUUGGUUUGGGUAAGAAGAGUCUGGAGCUGUGCAUCCAGCAGGAGUGUCACUAUCUCACUGAGGCUCUAGCACUUCACCAAGGAAAACCUUUCGACGCCCACCCACUUUUAAACAAAGCUGUAUCUAACAUCAUCUGCUGCCUGGUGUUUGGGGAGCGCUUUGAGUACAGUGACAAGCAGUACCAGCAUAUACUACAGACGUUCAGUGAACAACUGAUAUUAGAAGGAAGCUUGUGUGCACAGAUUUACAACAUCAUGCCCCAGCUGAUGGACAGACUUCCUGGACCUCACCAGAAGAUAUUUGAUUUGUCAAAGAGAAUACAGGACUUUAUACUAAUAAAGAUCAAAGAGCACAAAGAAACCCUGGACCCCUCCUCACCCAGAGACUACAUCGACUCCUUCCUCAUAGAAAUGGGAGAGAAGGAGGAUGAAGAGUCUGGUUUUGAUUUAAACAAUUUGGUUAUCUGUGUUCUGGACCUGUUUUCUGCUGGAACUGAAACUACUACCACUACUUUACACUGGGGACUGUUGUACAUGAUCAACUACCCUCACAUACAAGAGCGAGUCCAGGCUGAGAUAGAUGCUGUGGUUGGUUCCUCCAGACAACCUUCUGUGUCUGACAGAGACAACAUGCCCUACACUAAUGCUGUCAUCCAUGAGAUCCAGAGAUUUGGUGACAUCACCCCUCUCAAUUUGUUCCGCGUGGCAAACAAGGACACGAUCAUCGACAAGUACACAAUCCCAAAGGGCACCACAAUCGCACCCACACUGAACUCUGUCCUGUAUGACAAGUCAAUGUGGGAAACUCCACACUCCUUCAACCCUCAACACUUUCUAGACCAGGAUGGAAAAUUCAGGAAGAGAGAGGCCUUCCUUCCUUUUUCAGCAGGUAAGCGUGUGUGUCCGGGGGAACAACUGGCCAGGAUGGAGCUGUUCCUCUUCUUCACCUCCCUCCUUCAGAGGUUUUCCUUCUCACCAGCUCCUGGAGAGCAGCCCAGACUGGACUUCAUCCUUGGAGCAACUCGCUGCCCCAAACCGUACCGCCUCUGUGCUGUAACACAAUAAUCUCCAGGAGUCCUGAACACAGGGCCAAUCAUAACUUUAAUGCACUACUUAUAGAGUUUAUUACCUGUAUUUACAGUACCAAAAAUAUAUGGUUAAUAUAUUUUUCGUACAUUGCAAUGAAUUGGCACAAAUCAGCACAUUUUAUCACUCCUAAAACAUCUAUAAAUUAAACCUAAAUUUGCUGAAUGUGCUGUAACUUCAUUUGUAUAUAAAUAAACAUGCUUGUUCAGGCUUG